AUGAAAAGGACGAAAAAUGGACUUAGUGAUUACCUCUCCAUCAAACCACAAGAAGCGAAUUUGCUCUGUGGUGAGUCGGGAAUUGUUGAGUUCGAAAUUGUCAACUUUUCAACAACAGAUUUUGAGCUCGAGAUUGCGUGUCAAUCUGCACACAUCAACUCAAAAGGAAUGGUGGUGGAACGAGAAGACAAGAUAAGCGUUGGUGUUCGAUACAAAACAGCAGAAGAGUUUGAAGGUAAGGUAGACAUCGAGUUCACAUUUCGGAGCUUGAACACCAACUUCACGCUCAUCAAAAGCAUGCCCCUUGUUGUUUCCAAAGGAAUUACAACUACUACCGAUAAAGCCCCAACGCCGAUCAACUUAAACGCAAGCGAAGAAAACUUGGAGCCAUUAGGAAAGUUUGACAAUGUACCACAGACAAAAAUGCCUGGUGAACUGCUUUGUGGCGCACAAAGUAUUAUGGAAAUCGUAAAGAACUCAACUGAUUUUAUUUUGGAAACAACACACACAACAGGGAAGGUAAUUCGUUUAAGUACUUUCUAUAAGCGAGGGUUGAAAAAGAUGAUGGUUUCGAACUUGGUCCUUCAAAACGUUUUGUUGGUCAUAAAAACAAAGGGAUUUGCAUUUGGGUUGUUUCUUGGUAAUUGGUUUAAAGAAAGCAACAACAUAUACGUAUUCAAGUGCGAAGAAUACAAAGUGAUAUCGUUCACAACACCAACACAACGCACACCAUUUGUUUUUCCGUCAAAUCAAAACGACUUGACUUUCAACUUCCAUAGAAAAUCGUCAAAUCUGUUUUGCACCGCAACAAACUUGUUCAGCGUCGCACGGAAGGACUUUGUGUCUAUUUACAAGAAGAGUAUCAACACGUUGUUUUUGGACGUUAAUGGUAAGAAGGCGUCGACAUAUUUAGCACAAGAUUUAAACGUUCCGAUUGUCAAAUCCGAGCUAGAAGAAAUGUCGUUUUAUUCAUUUGAGGACAAAUAA